AUGGCACAACCUUUCCGACAUGAUGGUAAAUGUGCAAUUUUCAUCCAUGCCGGGGCAGGUUUUCACAGCCUGGAAAACGAAAGAAAGCACCUUGAAGCUUGUGAUAAGGCUGCUACCAAGGCCAUGGCAUUCUUGCGUAACGGGGCCACAGCCAUUGACGCCGUUGAAGUUGCCCUCAUGAUACUUGAGGACAAUCCAAUCACAAAUGCAGGGUAUGGAAGCAACCUCAAUGAAAGGGGAGCUGUUGAGUGUGAUGCCGUGAUUGUGGAUCAUCAUGGACAUAGUGGAGCGGCUGGAGCGGUGCAAUGUGGGUUUCUUGUGCACUCAGUCUAUGUCCAUCCUAACAGUGAAAUAGGUGUUAAGAACCCGAUCAUGCUAGCCCGGAAGAUCUAUGAUAGGGCUAACCUGAAAAUGGGCAUGUCAAGGGUGCCCCCGAAUUUCCUCGUUGGCAAAGGAGCUCAAGACUUUGCAUGGGACCAUGGAGUCAUAACGAUACCAGAUGAAGGGCUGAUCGCACCUGUGGCUGAACAGCGAUACAAGACGUGGGCAGCAGAAGUCGAAGAUUACGAGCGCGACAACGAAUUCCACGAGGAUCCAGGGUACUGGUGCCGUCCACCUCUGACCCCUCUAGAUGAACGCAUUCAGCGCCUUGAAAAACAAGAUCUCAUCGAGUACCCUGAACGACACGAUCAAAACAGCGUGGUAACUCCAGACCCAGAGCAGGAACUCAAAUCCCUGAACAACCGAACUCCACCCGUGGGUGGGAAGGGCCGUCAUACAAGCUCUCCGAGUUACCCACCGAGAAGGAAAAAGGUCAAGUUGAGCCAUGAAUCAAGUGUCAGACAGUCUCCCUAUUCCUCAGACUUGUCUCCUUCCUCUAGCUUGUCUCCUGAUGGAAGCCCCGAGAGGAGCCCUGCAAGCGACAAAGAAGAUAGCUCCACAGACGACAGAGAAGACAGAGAAGACAGCUCCACAGACGACAAGGAAGACAGCCCGGCAAAUGACACGAAUUGGGAGAACGAAGAAGAUGAAGAUGAAGACGAAGAUGAAGAUUUGAUUACCGACACCAUUGGUGCAAUCGCAAUUGAUAGAUAUGGAAACAUUGCGGCUGGGUCUUCCUCUGGUGGCAUAGGCAUGAAACACCGCGGCCGUAUCGGGCCUGCGGCUCUGAUUGGUAUUGGAUCACAUGUCAUUCCGGAAGACAUGACUGACCCGGAGGGAACCACGUGUGCUGUUGUCACAUCUGGAACUGGAGAACUAAUCGCGGGAACUCUUGCAGCCAGUACUUGCGCUCAGCGAAUGUACUACAGCCAAAAGAUGGGCCCCAAUGGCACGUUUACUCAUGUUUUGGAGGAGGAUGCAAUCAAGUCAUGGAUGAAGAAGGAGUUCAUGGUGACUCUGCUAGAGCACCCUGUUGUGGCCAAUAGUUUUCUCUUUGGGGCCAUUGGAGUCAUGGUUGUAAAGAAGACCAACAGUGGUGUGGAACUGUAUUUUGCCCAUAACACCGAUUCUUUUGCUCUUGCAUCCUUUUCCAGCAACGCAGCCAGACCAAGCUGUUUGAUGUCCCGCGGCAAACGUGGAACCAUCGCCCAAGGUGGUUGCAGGAUCAAGUUUGAUACUUCUUAA